AUGUCGGAAGAGGCGCCUGCCCCCGCCACCAACGGCGUUAACACAGCUCCUGUCGAGAAGCCUGUAGAGCCUGUAGAGCCUGUGAAGGAAGAGAAGUUCUCAUGGGUGCAACCGCAUCCAGUCUUCGUCAUUGUUCUGGUCGGAGCGGACGAGGUGCCAUUCGGUAUUCAGAAAGACUUCCUCUGCGCUCGAUCAUCCUUCUAUCGAGACCACUUUAAACAAAACCCCACAUCCGAUUCCAUCGAGCUCAUUGUGAAGCUCCCCGAUACCUCGCAGGAAGUUUUUGGUCUGUCCCAGCACUUCCUAUUCACCGGCCAAGUCUCGGACGAUACCGAAUCCGUUCCUUCCUACGAGGUCCUCAUCGGUGUAUGGAAAUUAGGUCAUAAGCUUGGAAUCGAUGGACUCUGCGAUAAGACUCUCGAGGCAAUGGCCGAGUGCAGACGUGUUACACAACAUAUACCCGCCACUCCUCUCCUCGUUCAAGUUUGGAGAGAUACCCCCGAAGGCUCAACGAUUCGCAAACUUCUCCUGUCAUGGGCGGCAGAGUACAUGCGCUCGUCGGAGUCGAGAGCGGAAUUUGCUAAAUCACUUCCUCAGGAGGUUCUCAGUGAGCUUGUCGUGGCUAUGAGCUCCCUCGACAAUCUACCCGCAGCACAGAGUUCGUCUUCAGCAGGUUCUCCCCAGUCCGCCGAGCCGGCUCCAAGGAAGAGUGUACACUACCUCGAGGAGGACAGCGAUGAAGAUCAAGAGCACCUAUCCAAGAAGAAUCGACGCGCUUCUGCCCCGCUGCCCGUCUCCCAGAACUCUAAGGCCUACAGCCGCGCUCCACCCCCACCAGUUCGCAAAGCUGCGGCUGCAGCUGCGGUCGCUGCACCGAGACCGAAGCCGGUCGUUCAGAAGCGCCGCAGCAUAGCGUCGGUACCUAGCGGAGAAAUCAGCACCGAGAAGAAGGUUGAGUUCUGCUCCGACCUCCUCGACAGAAUGCUCUCUGGCCCUGGCUUCUGGACACGUCUUGUCGGCCCUUUCAAGGAGCCCGUUGACCCCCGGGAGGACGGCGUGCCGGAUUACUUUGAGAAGGUCAAGAAGCCCAUGGAUCUCAACACCAUCAAGGCCAAGAUGUCCCGCCGCGAGUACAUGACGGAAGACGAAUUCGUGGCAGACGUACGCCAGAUCUUCAGUAACUGCUACACGUACUGGAAAAAAGGCGAUCCUAUGUGGGUUGCCUGCGAGAAAUUCCAGAAAACAUUCGAAGAGAAGUACGCACAGAUGAACAAGAACAUCACCAAGAUGAUGCGCGAGCCUGUCGACUAA